AUAAAAUGUUAUUUUAAUAAAUUUAUUUGUAAAAUGUCCAAAGUAAUGUUGUAAAUUUUGUUUAUUUUCAGAAUAUUAAUGAAGUCGUUGUUAAGCACAAGGCAGUUGAGUAGAGUCAUUCUCAAGAAUGUUGGAGAGUGUAGAGAAGGGUCUGGGGUCGGGUUGAUCAGAUGUUAUACUUCGACCAACAAUCUUGAAUUCAUUUCUGGAAAUCCACAUUCUGACCUACAACUCACCUAUGUUAGCUAUGAGCGAGGAAAUGAUGCAUCAACCAAACCACCGAUUCUGUUACACCAUGGCCUGUUUGGACGAAAGGAGAACUGGACAAAGACAGGAAAAGCUUUGAAUCAUCUGACCAAACGGAACGUUAUCAUUCCGGAUGCUAGAAAUCAUGGAAAUAGUCCGAGCAGUCACGAGAUGACAAACAAACAAAUGUCAGGGGAUAUAGUUCGACUGCUGAGUAGUUUGAAUGUAGCGAAAACCAGUUUCAUUGGACACGCUAUUGGAGGACGGAUAGGGAUGUACACUGCUCUCACCAGGCCGGAUUUAGUCGAUAAACUUGUUUGUGUUGCUUCAUCACCUCUAAACAGUGUCAGGGUGUUUGAAAAGUGGGAACAGAUUAGGCAGGCUUGUUACGUCAUUCAAACUCUUGCUGCUAGUUACAAAUCAGGCUCUAUAGAAUUGCUGAAUAGUAUGGAGUUUAGAAUGGAUGCUGAGAAUGCUUUGAAGCUAGUUAUACCCGUUCAGGCGGAGAGGGCGUUAUUUAUCUCUAACCUAGGACAAGUUAAUCACAUGGCCAUCCUAGCCAACCCCGACCUGGCCAAGUUCCCCAACAUGGAGAGCUUCUGCUUCAAGAAACCAACGUUGUUUAUGUGCGGAGAUGAUGCACUGAGCUGGCAAAAUGAGAAGGAUAUCCAGAGUAUCAGACAACUCUUCCCAAACGCUUGCUUUGUCAAGAUUGCUGGAGCCGGUAAAUGCAUUCAUCUGGACCAGCCUGAAGAGUUUCUGCAGGCCAUCACCACCUUCCUAGAGACAGACUUCGAACCUAGUUCCUUUGGCACUCCCUAAAUUUGUUCCAGUCAUCCAGUCAUGUUGUGUGGACCUUUGAAAUUAUAAGAAUAAAUGAAAAAUACUCAUUCUUAAAAGUGAAUUUCUCGUUCAAAAAGCUUACUUUAAAGUUAAACUUCUCUAGAUUUUUCGAGCUUACUCCGUUCACUAAAUUCACGUUUAUUUUGAACGAAAGAAAAAUAAUAAGAUCUGUGUAAUAAAAACAACAUUUUUUUUUCUGAAAACUUUUAUCAACUACUUGUGAUAAUUUCAGUGUACAUAUUUCAUAUUUCAUUCAUAUUUCGGUAGAUAAUCAUUCGCUUUUUCUCUCAUGAUUCAACCAAAAAACAACAACUGUGCCAUUCCUGUAUAAUAAUCCCUCUUUGGUAGAUAUUGUGAUUAUAGCGUGUAGAAAAGUAGUAAAAAGGCGAUAAAAUUGUUUAUAUAAAAAGCCUACUUUGAUUCGCAUAUUCCGAUGUCAGAUAUAUUUUUAUGAAUAUUUUGUUUUUAGAAAAAAA